AUGACUUCCUGGCUACGCAAAUACUGUAACACAAUCCUGCGUUACGUACUGUUCAUCACAGUAUUGCUGCUUUCCUCAACGGGAUCUUCACCAGAUAACCGUUGCACGUCAUCCCUCAUCUCAACAUGUGAAGAGUGCCUGAGUCUUGGACCAGAAUGCGCUUGGUGCUUUCAAGAGACAUUUCUGGAUGGAGCUCACAGCAGUCAGAGAUGUGACUCAGUUGCUAAUCUGAUGAAGAAGGGAUGUGAGGUGGAGUUCAUAGACAACCCAAAGGUGAGGGUGGAUGUGAAUGCCACCCUGAGCAGCUCACAGGUGGCGCCCAGAGAUAUCACCAUCAGUCUACGGCCAGGGAGUCAGGCAAGUUUUGUGGUGGAGGUGCAGCAGUUGGAACGCUACCCUGUGGAUCUGUACUACCUCGUGGAUGUCUCAGCCUCCAUGCAGGACAUCCUGGACAGACUGAAGACUGUCGGUGUGGCUCUGUCACACAGUAUGAAGGAACAUUCUCGGGACUUCCGAGUAGGCUUUGGCUCCUUUGUGGACAAGCCUACAUCACCCUACAUCGACGUUCACCCCUCAAAAAUUGUCAACCCUUGCAGUGACUAUGAUGUUCAAUGCCGGCCAGCCCAUGGGUUCAUCCACGUUCUUCCUGUGACUGAAAACAUGACCGAGUUCACCCGUGUGAUCCAACAGCAGAGGAUCUCAGGGAACAUGGACACUCCCGAGGGAGGCUUUGACGCUAUGCUUCAGGCAGCUGUCUGCCAGAAGGACAUUGGUUGGCGUCCUGAGGCAAAGCACCUCCUUCUUGUAAUGACUGAUCAGCCGUCUCACCUAUCCCUGGACAGCAAACUGGCUGGCAUUGUGGUGCCCCAUGAUGGAAGCUGUCAUCUGGAAGGCAGCACUUACUCUCAGUCCACCAAUAUGGAGCAUCCAACUAUUGGGCAGCUAGCAGAAAAACUUCUGGAGAACAGCAUCUAUUCCAUCUUUGCUGUGGACCAGGUUCAAUAUAAGUGGUAUGAGGAUCUGGUGGACCUUCUUCCGGGAACUUUUCUCGGGAAACUACUGCCCAAAGCCUCAAAUCUCAAAGAUUUAGUGGUUCAGGCCUAUAAGAAACUUUUGUCAGACGUGGAGGUGGAGAUAGGCGUUGAAAACAGCCAAAUUAACAGGUUCUGGGUGAAUGUGACGACCCUCUGCCCCAACGGAUCCACCCUCACUGGAACUGCCAAGUGCUCCGAUGUCCAACCCAAACAAACAGUUUUUUUCAACAUCACCAUUGGAAUGACCGAGUGUCCAAAUCGGGUGGAAGAGGGGGCAGGGGAGGAGGUCUUGGUAACAGUGCAGCCUGUGGGAUUUAACGAGAGUGUCACGGUCCACGUGCGACAGGCUUGCGGGUGCGCCUGCAGGGAGUCGAAACGUUGCCAUGACGAUCCAAACCCUCCGCCGUGCGCGGACAGCGCCGAGUCACAGGCCGCGGACACAGAGCUGGAUUUGACUGACAGCUGCAGAGAGAACAGAGGUGGACCGCUGUGCAGUGACAGGGGAACUUGCACGUGUGGGAAAUGCCUGUGUGACAGGAGCAGCCUCGGAACAAUCUAUGGAAAGUUCUGUGAGCGGGACGAUUUCUCCUGCCCCUACGCAGGGGGCGUGUCGUGCGCCGGGCAUGGUCAGUGUGUCUCUGGUGUGUGUUUAUGUCAGCCUGGCUGGACAGGAGAGAGCUGUAUGUGUCCAGUUUCCACAGAAACUUGUCUGUCCGGAGACGGGCUAAUUUGCAGUGGGCACGGAAAGUGUGUAUGCGGCAGGUGUGUGUGUGACAGUCCCCAGCACAGUGGAUCAUUGUGUGACAAGUGCCCCACUUGUUUCAGCUCCUGUCAAUCUCAAUGGAGUUGUAUAGACUGCCAUUUAUCUAAUGGCUUUGGGCAAGGAAACACAGAGCAGUGUAACAGAAGCUGCACUCCACUGGUGGGCUAUGUUGAUGACAUCACUGAGCUAAUGGGAGGGACUUGGAGGAACUGCCUGUACCCAAGCGGUGAUCACUGCCACUACAGGUUCCAGAUGGGCCUGGCGUCAGACCGCCCACAGCUCCACAUUAGUAGGCAUCGUGAAUGUCUUUACAGCCAGCAGUACUUCAUGACAUUUCUGAGUGUCUUUAUCCUCACUGUGGUCCUGGGAUUAGUCAUCUUGGCUGGAAUCAGAACUCUAUUGAGAAGCAGACGCUGGCCGCAGCUUGCAAAACCCUCUGAGAAAUCUGAGGACAACAGUAAGGAUCUGUCAUAUGCACCCAGAAGCAAUGAGAAGACAAUAACCUACAGACGAGACCGCCUUCCAGAGCACCCUGUAGAGAUGCAUGUCCACAUACCCAAGAUGCCUCUGAGCGAAGUCUGGCAGUGA